AUGUAUUGUCAAAAAUGCAGAACUCCCUUGAAACUCGACCCUUCUCUGGAGCAUCUCAAUCCUUCUUCUUUUAAGAUCUUGGUCGACUCGACCCCAUCUCUACCAUCCCAAACUCCCCAACCACCCAAAACACUUGCUGCUCGCGAGCGAAGAGACAUAUACGACAAGGCCGCUCAAAAUGCUGGUCCUGCUCAACAGAAGCGGUCCAUACCGGCACCCCAGAAGACAACCGCUAACUUCAACCCUGCAAUGUCCUAUGUCAUGUUAAGUGAAUCUCAGCUUGGUCCUCUGUCGCCAGAAGAACAAAGUCCUUCGAAGAAAGCUCCCGAAAAGGACUCAAAAUCCUCUGAUCAUGACUCGACCAGCCUCUCUGCUGAGAUGGAGAGAAGCCUACGCCUAUGGGAAAUUCUUUCCUCUCGCUCAGACAUCGACCAUCCGAUAUGCUCAGAGUGUACCGAUAUGUUACUUGCAGGCCUUCAACAAAGGCAGACUACCGCGAAUCGGGAACGCCAAGCAUAUGCCGAAUUUCUCAAAAAGGCUAAAGAAAACGUUCCAUCAGAGGAGGAACAACGUCAAGCUCGCGAAGCUCUGACUGCUGCCAAACAACAAGAACAGAAGGCUCUCCAAGAGUUGGAAGUCCUCGAAGCCGAGAAAGCUGCCAUGGAGGAAGAGAUCGCUGCUCUGAACCGCGAAGAAGCCGAAUUGGAAGAAGAGGAAGCUGCUUUUUGGCGAGAACGCAACGAGUUCGACGAUACCGUCACCAAGUUCAGAGAGCAGAACGAUAGCCUCCUCAACCAACUGCAAUUCGAUACUAAACUGCUGGAGACCCUGCAACGGACCAACGUCUACAACGACUCUUUCUGCAUUGAUCAUGAUGGCCCUUUUGGCACUAUCAAUGGGCUGAGAUUGGGGAAACUUGCAGAUCACUCUGUCGAGUGGCCAGAGAUUAACGCUGCUUGGGGACUCUGUGUCCUACUCCUGACCGUUGUUGCCGAGAAGCUGGGCUACACUUUCCAUGGCUACAGGCCUCUUCCGAUAGGCUCUACAUCCAAGAUUGAGAAGCUCGAGUAUCCAGCAAACGACCAAUCACGAACCGAGAAGCCGAAAGUCACUACGCUGGACUUAUUCUGUAACAGUGAUCUUCCUCUUGGGUUGGGUUUCCUGCAUCGUGGAUUCGACAAUGCUAUGGUUGCAUUCCUAGAAUGUCUCCGACAGCUAGGUGAGCAUGUCGAGCAAUCGCCGUCUUACGUCGGCGCGUCCGCUCUGAGUCGCAAACUUCCUUACAAGAUCAGUAAGGACAAGGUCGGUGAUAAUAGUAUCAAGCUUGGAACCUUCAAUCAAGAGGAAGCUUGGACGAGGGCGUGCAAAUACACAUUGACGUGCUGCAAAUUCUUGCUCGCACAUGCAAGUCAUGUUGACGAUUUGAAGCAGGACAAUCAGGCGACUCGAUAG